AUGCCCCCGUUACUAGGUUCAAUAUCACUACUACCACCGACACACGAGACCAAAUAUGAGGAAUAUUUUUUGCCGAAGGCCGUGUCAAAAACAUCACAAGUAUCUCGGCGACAAAUAUGCUAUUUACUCGUUUCCCUAGGGAUCUUUGCCGUCUUGCUCAAGAUAUUGAUAUGGAAUAGACCAACAACACAUUAUGACAGAAACAGUGAUCCCUUAUUACUACAGUAUGUCUACACGUCUCCAGCUGCACGGCGGUUGCCAAAAUCUGGUCAAUUGUUUUGUUGGGUUCAAACUGCCAAAAUCUACCAUGAAACUAGGGCCCUGGCCAUCAACGAAACCUGGUUGUCCAGAUGUGACCAUGGACAAUUGUUCACGGGCGAUUUCUUUUCUUCUAGUGAUAUACCGUAUUCCACAAUAUUCGCCGGCAUUCCUGAUUCUUAUUAUAAUCUUUUCUAUAAGAGUCGUUAUGCAUUUUACUACAUUUACCACUAUAUUUCGAAAAAUUUCGACUGGUAUAUGAAGGCUGACGACGAUACUUACGUUAUUGUGGAACAUCUUAGAGAAUAUUUGUCUACCCUUGAUCCUAGUAAACCCUACUAUCUCGGUUAUAUACUGAAACCAUAUUUGAAACACGGUUAUAAUGCUGGCGGGGCCGGGUACGUACUUUCACGGGCAGCUGUACAGAUUUUCAACGAACUUCUCUAUCAUAAUGAAACAUUAUGUCCUGAUGAUAUUCACGAAGAUGUUGGAAUAGGGCGGUGCUUAGCAAGCGUUGGAAUUUUUCCGCACGACACAAGGAAUGUGUAUGGUCAGAACCGAUUCAAUACCUACACUCCAAGUGACAUAUUUCAUGCGAAGAAGAAUCAUCCAAAUUGGACCUACUUCAAAGAAAAGAAGGGAUAUGAAGCGUUUGCUAAGGAUUCCAUCAGCUUUCAUCAUUUAGCCCCGGAUGAUAUCCGUUUGUUCGAGAUACUUCUUUAUAAAACGAAGCCGCCCACAAACAAAACAUCCAGGAAGUUCUGA